AUGGACCCAUAUGAGCUUAGAACAAUGGAAGAGUAUACACAAGGCUGGGUUAAUCUACUCUCCACUGUCUGGCAAAAUAUUUCAAAGGAUCAUUUGUUAGGCUGCCAGCUCGCGCUAUUUGGGGUACUUCUUACUUACGCUCUUUUGCCCGCUGGCAAUAGACAUCACGGGAUUGCUAUUGCUGAUCAAUUGGAGCAAGUGGUACUUCAAGCGCAGCAAGAGAAGUGGAAGGUUGGAGCGAUUAUUACCGACAAUGUGGGGCAGUGUGGUUGUGCACGUCGUAUAUUGACAAAGGUGAUAAAUAAAUUUUACGGAAAGCCGCUAGGGCUGAGAACAUUGUGCGAAACAAGAUGGAAUUCAAUGCAAGGGUGGUUCGCGUCACUUCUACGUGUACAGUCGGCGCUUCAAAUGUUUAAUCGUCACUACAAGAGAGCAAACAAUGUUUUUAAGCAGAGGCGGUUUAUUGCACCGCUAUCGCUCGCUUCGCAUCGCCUUCAAGUUGACGAAAACACCGUUGGAGACGUAGUUCGCUUAUUUGGGAAUAUCUACAAGGAAUUUCAGCAGCACCUUGUUCAUCAAGAAAAUGUGAUCGAGUGCGUCGAAGAUGGCUGGAAACAAGAGCUAUCGGAGACUGUGGUAUCUGGAAUCGGCACUCUUGCCAAAAUAGCUGUUUGUUACUACAAGCGGCUCUUUGGCACCGUGGAAAUUGGCCAACUCCGACGUGACAUGCUCGCAUGGACGCAGAGAAGAUUCACAAGAAUGAAGCCAAUGCUCUCUAUCACAGUCAAUACUGUCACAUGCGAGCGCUUGUUCACGGCAAGUAAGGCUCUUUACUUUCAUAUAGUAGCCAAACAUGUCCGCAAAUAA